GGCUACAGUGUCUGAUAUCAACAGGCCCUCGAGACACGUCCCGUUCACACCGCGAGGUAACCACGGGAGAGUGAUGGUGCUCCCGAACAGUCCGAGGAGCGGAAUUACAAUUUCUCAGCUGCCAUUCAAACACACAGAGACUCCACAGAGAGGAGGAGGCGGAGAGGACGCCUCCGUGCACCCAGCCAUUCAUCAAUCCGCUCAGUAAUCGCUCUCCGCCGCCCGGACCUCCCGCGCGAGCCUCGAUACCAGCCAGCGCGGAGGCGCGAGACAAACACCACAAGCAUCGGAGGCAGCGGCGGCCGUGAACAACGGUCGCACGCGCAUACCGGUGAGAGGGGGGGGGGGGGGCAGCUGUGGGAAGGACGCUCAGCGUGGAGAGAAAAAAAGAGUCCGUCUGUCAGUGUUAUUCCCCGGUGUGGAUGUAGAGAGAGGAACACCGCAAAACUCUCAUUUUCAGCCUCUGACUGAACGCAUUUUACUGAGGGUCCUCCCUGGUUGCUGAUCUGAAGCUCUGGUCCUCAUCUCUGGCCGGGGUGGACAGACUCCUCAGUGAAGAGCACCAUGACCCAGGAGGGGCAGGCUCUGCCCUCUCCCACCCCACCAGAGAGCCAAGUGGAGCCCAAUACAGCCACAACCGACCCACCCACAGAGACACACAGCCAGGCAGAGCUGGACAAGCUGGGGGCCGUGGACAAGGACAAGAUAGAGGAGGGGAAACAACAAGAGAUCAGAGAGGGAGAGGAGGAGGCACAGGGGGAGACACACAGGGAAGGAGAGGGGAGGGGAGAAGUAAAGGAUGAGGGAGGAGAGAAUGAGUUGAAAGAGGAGAGGGGAGAUGAGGAUCAACAGACAGAUGGAGGGGCGAAAGAAGAGAGGGAGGGGACGAGAGGGGAAGGAUGUAUAAAUGUGGAGUUAAGCUCAAUGGGGGAGGAGGCAACACAUGAGGCAGAGGGGAUGAAAGAGGAAAAAGAAGAAGAAGAAGAAGAAGAAGAAGAAGGGAAGGAAAAAGAAGAGAUGCAACCGUCUACAGAGGAGGAGGCAACUCACCCUCAACAAGCUGGGCGACAAAUGGCAAAUGGCAUAGGUGGGAAUGAUGACGACGAGGAAGCAGGUGAGGAGGACGAGGGAGGAGAUGAGGGGGGGACUCAUACACACUUGGACACUUUCAGCUCUAACUUUGAGACAACUGUAGAACAGGCCGACAUAGAGGUGGAAGAAGAGGACGAAGAGGUCCAGAAAGAAGGAGAAGGGAGAGAAAACCAUGACAGCUUCAGCUCGGCGUUUGAGCAGAUUGUUGAGCAGGUUGGAGUUCAGGAUGAGGAAGAUGAGGAAGACGAGAGGGAGUUGGAGGAGGAGAGGGAGAAGGUUAGGGUGGACAACAAAGACGGCUUCAGCUCCACGUUCGAGCGCAUCGUGGAGUCUGCCCUGCUGAGGGGCGGGACCUGCUACAGCAGCCUGGACUCUCUGGACGUGCUGUCACUCACAGAUGAGACAGACAGCUGCGUCAGCUUUGAGGCACCACUGACGCCGCUCAUCCAACAGAGGGCGCUGUUACAGGGUCCUGAACCCCUGGAGCUGGAGCUGGAAACCGUUCAGGAGCAAGAAGGGGCUGAGGCCGGAGCAGACUCCCCAGGUGACCUCAUGGCUGGGGAAAACUGUGGAGCUGGAGCUGUCGCUGGAGUAGGAGGAAGCCCGCUGAGGACCACCAUACCAGGGAGCAGGUCAGAGUUUGUGCUGAGCCAGACCGGACGCUGGGCCAUCCCUAAUGGAUACCACACAGACUCCCAGAGAGCCAUGGAAGGUUGUGGAGCCAUGAUCAACUCUGUCAGUGAUGCCAACCUCACAGACGUGCUGUCUGACUCAGAGGAGUGUGAUUUGGGCAGUCUGGAGCGUUUGGAGCGCGGCAGCACCGACACGCUGGCCAAUGGCUGCCGAGCUGACUGUGAGGCCGCCAAGAGGCUGGCCAAGCGCCUUUAUCACCUCGAGGGCUUCAAACGCUGCGACGUGGCCAGACACCUGGGCAAGAAUAACGAGUUCAGCCAGUUGGUGGCAUCGGAGUACCUGAGCUUCUUUGAUUUCUCCGGCCUGUCGCUGGAUCGAGCACUGAGGAACUUCUUGAAGGCCUUUCCCCUGAUGGGAGAGACACAGGAGAGGGAGAGGAUCCUCGUACACUUCUCCAGUCGCUUCUGCAACUGCAACCCACAGACACUCACCUCUGAAGGUCCCAGCCACGAGGAGGAUGAUGGGGAUGACAAUGAUGAUGGAGCCCACACAUUAACCUGCGCCCUCAUGCUGCUCAACACCGAUCUACACGGACACGUGAACAUCGGGAAGAAGAUGUCUUGCCAGCAGUUUAUCAGCAAUCUAGACGGCCUCAACAGUGGCAAAGACUACCCUAAAGACUUAUUAAAGGUGUUGUAUAACUCCAUCAAGAAUGAGAAGCUGGAGUGGGCAGUUGACGAGGAGGAGCUGAGGAAGAGUCUGUCAGAGCUGGUGGAGGAGCAGUGUGAGGGCGGGAAUAAGCGUGUUGCCAGGGUAACGGAUGGCCAUAAUCCUUUCAUCGCCAUUCCCAUUCUCCUAAACGCCGUCACCUACAAACACGGAGUGCUGACCCGCAAGAGCCAUGCUGACAUGGAUGGCAAACGCACCCCGAGGGGUCGCCGCGGUUGGAAGAAGUUCUAUGCGGUUCUGAAGGGGAUGAUCUUAUAUCUCCAGAAGGAUGAGUACAAGCCUGACGCUGACAUUUCAGAGGUGGAUCUGAAGAACGCAGUGCGGAUCCACCACGCUUUAGCCACUCGUGCCACCGACUACAGCAAGAGAGCCAACGUAAUGAAGCUCAAAACCUCCGACUGGAGAGUCUUCCUGCUGCACGCCUCUAGUGAGGAGGAGAUGAUGUCUUGGAUCUUCCGGAUAAACCUGGUGGCCGCGCUGUUCUCCGCUCCAGCCUUCCCCGCCGCCAUCGGCUCCAUGAAGAAAUUCUGCCGGCCCAUCCUGCCAUCUUCAUCCACCAGACUCAAACAGGAUGAGCAGCUGCUGAGUCACGAGAGCAAGCUGAAGCAGAUGAGCCUGGAGCUGGAGGAGCACCGGAAAAACUCGCCCUCAGUUGACCCCAAAAGCCGCGAGUGGGAGGAGUCCCGGCUCAAAGAGCACUACCUCACGUACGAGAAGACUCGGUAUGAGACGUACAUCAGCCUCAUGCAGGCCAAAAUCCGCGCAGAGACGGACGACCUUGAGAAGAUCGAGGCCAGCGUGAUGGGUGGCCUGAUCAUGGAGGGUGGCCUGGCCGGCCGCGAGUGCCACCUCCGCAAGACGCAGUCCUCCCCGGCCAUCAGUCAGGCUCACGGCGGGCUGAAUGGCAGGGCCGCCGGAUGCACUGCCCCGGGACAGAGGAGCUGAGGGGAGGACGGAGGAUCACAGCCCACAAAGCAACAUCCCUCCAAACCAAACUAGCUUAAUCCUCCAACUUUUUACUGGCUUUUUCUGUUAGUAUUUUGUGUUUUGGGCUCCUCCGUUCUUCCUGUUGUACUUACAGUAAGAAAGUGGGCAGCAACAGGAGAAAUGACACGAUCUUUCCCAGAAUUGAUCAACCCUGGUGAUAAGUUUCUGUCCUUGAGCAAUAGAUGAAGAAGAUGAAGAGCCUGUGACCCUGCCAAACCUCAGUCCUUUGAACUGUUAUUAUUGCACAUUAAAAUGAUCAUAACUGUGAUCACUAUUUAUAACAUCAUCAGUAUUAUUUUUGAAAUGACACUCAGAGCGCUGUCUUUAGUUGAAAUGUGUUUUUUAGUUGUGAGCAGAGCUUUGAGUCAUUUAUAAUGUAUUAGUUGAAGGCCAGUAAGAGAACAAAGAAGGAGAGACUGGUUUGUCCUCCCUGUCCUGUCCUCGUCCUGCAGUCAGGCAGGGAUCAGAUGGACAUGGUACUACUGUAGCAUUUUGGCCUUUUUGUUUCUCCACUCAUGUUUACACACCCAGCUACUCACAGGCGUGUGUAUGGACCUACAGUGUGUGAAGAUACAACAUAUCUGUCCCUGAGUUACAAAAACUCUCAAAAGAACUUCUCAGAAGGAUCAAGUCCCUGCCAUGUAUAGCAUAUUUAUUUAUUUAUUUAAUUCUCCAAACCUUUAUUCGCCCGGGGAAGGGUUUACACCGAGCAUGCUCGCUCUUUUUUUUUUUGCGAUUUCCAUGUUGACAUUCGUACAGCUACAUACAUUUGUAAGUGUAAAGGAGCUGCCAAGUGGAACUACCGUGGUUUGAACUGUUCACUAAGCUGCUUCGCCAGAGGAACUGGAGGUUGAGUGCCUUACUCAAGGGCACCUUGACACUAGAUGUCGAGGGAUUUAGAGAGUGUGAGUCAGUCACUUGUCAGAGAGAUCACAAGUAUGUGUGUGUGAUUUUUAAGCUGCCGCUACCCCAAAUACUGACAUGCAUUCAAUUAUUCUGUUUGUUAUUCUAACAAGUCUGAAGAGGAUCACGGUCUGUGACUGAAUGAAAGCACUGUGCCAUGUUUGGUUUUAUCCCGCAAACUCCUCUCGUAUCACGACAGAGUUCACCGAGUUGAUAUGUAACAAUAAACGGUUGGGUGUGAGCUUUCUGAAGAUCGAAGUGAAGGGCAGCACAGGAAAGUGUGGGCGGGAGGCACACUGUAUGAGUGGGUCAGCUGCUGUAUGUGCAUGUGCUUUGGCUCUUUUUUUAAGCGGUUCCCAGUUGAGAUGCUGAAGCUGUCAGCAACAGGAAGUAAAUAUACUGUAGCAGGGUCAUGUGUUUCUAUGAAGAAUGUUAUCGAGCAUGUUUGGUGAUAAAUAAUCCAAUGGCCCUCUGCUGAAUAAGACUGUCGUCACAAUCGGGCCUGGAGCUCUCAAAAGCAUCUUCUGCACAAAGGCAGGCAUCAUCCUUUCUACAGAGCGUACCCUAUCCUCCCUUUGUAGUGGGCCUCCACGGUGAACAAACAAGUUGAAAAGUCUUGAUGAAUUAUAUGAGGACUGCGUUUAACUACAAACUCUCACACAACUCGUGCAGUAGAAUCCAAGUCUUAUUUACGCUCACUACUUCCCAAACACAUGCGUUUUCACUAAAACCUUACUAUUUAAAACACUUAAGCAUUAACAGUCUCACUCUUGCGCAGGCGUGCUGCUCGUCCGUUGGAGUCCAAGGUGUAUUAAAUACUAAAGUUUUAGUGCUUAAAAUAUUCCUUUAAAUGUAACCAAUCUCUGAUUUACAACAUGGACCUAUCAGAGCUUGCGCUGCCUCAUUUUUCGGCAUUUACUGGUGUGUUCUUUCCACUGCCAUCCUUGCUAACAGUUGAAGAUACUUUUGGGAAAGCAGGCUCUGGCCGAUCUUAGACAGAGAGCGGCUGAGUGGAGAGUGUAGCCGCAGGACUGCUCCAGCUUAAUGUGCUUAAAGUACAGAAACCAGUCGGCGUACUGGAAUGGAGAGGGGAACAGCAGCAAAACAAACUCCACCAGCAGAGUAGCCAUCAAAACAUCCUCCACAUGGGGGAGGAGGAGGAGAAAAGACUUGUUUUCUAAGAAGAAGAGAUUGCUUUGGUUUUCUAAGUAAGGCCUUCUCUGCAGCCAAGAACAGACAUCUAGCACAUGUGUUUCCAAAUAGAGGAACACAACAUUUUAAGCCUGUUUCUCAUGGAAGGAGGACUUGCGUAAAGUCGUGAUGUGGUGGGAGGGGUGGCGGUAUUGCUGUUUGUGAGCACCUUAAUUGAUCCCAGACACACACACACACACACACCUUUUCUCUUUCUACGUAAUUUGCGUAUGACACAACUGUAGAUCAGUGAGCUUAGUGCCCCCUCACUCAGAAGCAUGUUGACACAACCAGAGCUGUGGAUAUCGACAGGAUGUGAUAUCUUUGGCUCUGGACACAGCGCUUCUGUUGCUUCGUAUAUCAUAUUAAUAGUGACUGAUAGGAUCUGAGAUCUUUUUGGGACUUGGCUGGAAACCUGGAAUCACAGCUGGAAUCCUUGUACAGACCAAAAUGCUGAAGCGGAGCUCAGUUUUCAGAGAGGAAGUACCAUUUUAUAAAGCUGUAUUGUUAGGAUAAAUAACUGCUUUCUUACAGGGAGACUUCCCCUUAUAGUCACUUUGGCUGUCGUGCUAACCAUUGUUUCCCAAUGUUCUAGGGUAGGCCUGUGCUGUAAUAUAGGAUUGUGACAAAAAAAUAUUUGUUGAUUGUUAUGUUUUAUUUAAAAAAUGACAACUUCGGCACUUUGAUGUCAGCAUUGGAUCUGUCUUUUUGUUUGUUUUGUUUGUAUAUUGGAACUGUUUUUUGACACAAUGCUUAUACUAUGUAAAGGACAUAUUUACUGAAUAUUUAGUCUGUGCUUCAUAAAGUAAGCUUUUAUACAAGUGA